GAGGUGCGCGCGAGCUAUUUCCAAAUAAGUCCAAAUAGAUACACAAUCCAGCGUGAUAACAGCCCUGGUGUGAUAACAGGUCACCUUUUUUCGAUUAGAGAAGAAAUUUUGUCAAAUUGAGUUUAGAGUUGAAGCUGAACACAACCAGAAAUGCUCCAAAGUGUCGUCAAGUUGCAGGCAUGUCGUUCAACGGCAGCUACGAGCCAGGUGUUGGCUCGUUUUCGGUCCGUUCAGGCUCAACCGGUGUCGUCGACCUCGGAAGGUCACGGUGAAGUCGAGUACACGAAUGCCCUACCGUACAGCAAGAUUCCACGACCGAGCUUCCUGCAGAUGAUGGUCGGUUUCGCACCUGGAGGUCGUUACAACAACCUCACCUUCCCGGAUCUGCAUCGCAGCUUUCGACGGGAUUACGGUGACAUCAUGGUCAUGCCGGGACAGUUUGGCCGUAAGGAUAUGGUGAUGACAUUCCAGCCGGACGACUUCAAGAAGCUGUUCCGCACCGAGGGACAGUGGCCCAACCGGAUCGCGCUGGACACCUUCGUGCACUACCGGAAGAACGUGCGACCGGAGGUGUUCAAGGGAAUGGGAGGGCUGGUGAACGAGCAAGGGGAGAACUGGCAAAGCUUUCGAACGAUCGUUAAUCCGGUAAUGAUGCAGCCAAAGACGAUUCAGCUGUACGUUGAUAAGCUGGACGAGAUCGCGAGAGAGUUCAUGGGAAUAAUUGGAGAAAUACGCGAUGAGAAGAAUGAGACGCCAGCUGACUUCAGUCAGUGGUUGAAUCGAUGGGCUUUGGAGACGGUUGGAGUCUUAGCUUUGGACACCCGGUUGGGAGUGCUAGGAAAGGAUAUUUCUGCGGAUACCAAGAGCAUCAUGACGAAUAUCCGAGAGUUCUUCGAGCUGUCCUACCACUUGGACAUCUUACCAUCGAUCUGGCGAUACUACAAGACACCAACGUUCAAACGCCUCAUGACUGUAUUGGAUGAACUCACGAGAAUAAUUAUGGCCAAGGUAGACGAAGCUGUGAUCCGGCUGGACAAGAAUCCGAGCCAAGACAGUGACAGCCAAAGUGUGCUGGAGAAACUGCUAAAGGUCAAUCGCGAUGUAGCGGUUGUGAUGGCGUUCGAUAUGCUGCUGGCUGGAGUUGAUACGACCUCCUCCGCAACAUCCGGUAUUCUGUACUGCUUAGCAAAGAACCCGGAGAAGCAGGCAAAGUUGCGGGAAGAACUACGAGCGAUCCUCCCGAAUAAGGACUCCCCGUUGACGCCGGAAAACAUGAAGAACCUACCGUAUCUUCGAGCGUGCAUCAAGGAAGGUCUUCGGAUGUACCCUCCGGUAGCUGGAAAUGUGCGCCAAGCUGGGAAGGACAUCGUCCUACAGGGUUACCAAAUUCCCAAGGGGACGGACGUUGCCAUGGCUUCGAUGAUCCUGCACAGCGGAGAAGAGUACUUCGAGCGGGGUAACGAGUUCCUGCCGGAACGAUGGCUCAAGGAAACUUCAGGAUGUCCCAGCGGUAAGGACGUACAUCCGUUCCUGUUCCUGCCGUUCGGGUUUGGUCCGCGGACUUGCGUGGGUCGUCGAAUGGCCAUGCUGGAGAUGGAGAUGCUGGUAGCACGAAUUACGCGGCAAUUUGAGUACCGGUGGAACUAUGACGAGCUGAGGAUUCUGAGCUCGCUGGUGCUGAUUCCGGAGAACGAGAUGAAGUUUGAGAUGGUGGAAGUGGAUAGUUAAGAAAUUGUCUUUUGAAUUCCAAAAUUUAUGUUAUAAAUAAAACAAAAUCUUUAAAACUAUUA